ACAAAUAAUGUAAUCCUUGUUUCAACACAAGCAUUCGACAUAUUGCUAAGGCCAUUUAGUAACUAUAUAUGGCACGAGAAAAACUACAUGAAGAAUCAUAUAAAAGUGGCAGUCACUGUGAAGUAGAAUGUGUAUAUAGAUUGGUACUGUGGAUAUGAAACCCCUUCACCGUAAAAUCCGGGUAACUAUUAAGGAUUCCAAUGGUUAUAAAGAGGAGAGGAGUGAAUAUGAAGCAAACAUCAAAAGGAAGAGUAGAAAGAGUACAAAAGAGAGACAGAGAAGCAAAGGAAAUCAACAGUAGAAAGCUAAAAGGAAACAGAUAUGUCCACUUUCCUCUCAAAGUUUCAAAAGUACACAGAAACAUCAAACAUACCUGAAUACUAUCACUUGGUCCACUCUCCCUCUCUCUCUCUCUUGUUAUUGAGCAUCCUUUUCAUUUCAUUAUCACUUGUUGUCAUCUUCAUCUACUCCAUCAACAGGUUGUGUUUCAUCAAACAAAUAAAACGGGUCCCAGUUUUUUGGAAAAUCUUUGGAACUGCUAAGCUUUCUUUUGUCUUGUUCCCCCCUCAUCUCCUUUCUUCCUCUUACAAAAUAGUCUAAAAAAUAUCCAUUAGUUUACACAAAAACUGAACACUGUACAUAUUCAAUCACACAUUUGAAAGAUGGGUCACCAAUGAUGGUUUAGUAAUAUCCUCUACACAUAUAUCCGCGGUUGCAUACGCUAUAUACACCAUAAGAAGACGAGUUGGCCGGUUGGCCCUGGCCCCUAUGAGAAUCUGUCCAUAGGAAACAACUCAUCUAUCAAUCAGAGCCAGAUUUAUCCUGGUCACAAUGGUCCACUCGAUGAUAAAUAUCAAGCACAGUUAUAAACUAUAAGAAAACAUAUAUGACAUGUAAGUUUUUUUUGGGUGAAAUAUAUGGCAUGUAAGUUGAAGAACUAUUAAGCAUAUAAGGAAGGGCAUAAGACAUAGAGAAGAAGAAGAAGAAAAAAAAAAUAAAGUAAAAUAAUGCAUAAUAGAGAACAGAGGUUUGUCUAUCAAAGUAGAAAGCAGACAAAUAAAAAGGUUGAUGUGAAGUGAAAGUUGGCUCCUAUAAAAGGGAUAAACACAGGUAUUAGAUGGUGGAGUUCCAAUCAGCUUCAAGUGUUUUGUUCUGUCUUUGUGUGUGUGUGUGUGUUGUGUGUCAGCAAAACCAAACCAAACCCAUCUCUCUCUCAUCUUCUUACUACUUUUCUCCACUUAUAUUAAAAACCCAAAAGCAUUUCUAGCAAGUACUCUUUCCUUAUGUAGUAUCAUCUUCUGAGAAAAAAAAACCAUCACCUCAUGGAUGCCUCCAGGGACGAGCCAAAGCCAUCUGAUUCCUCAUGCAUCGUUUCCACAUCCAACACUCUUUCAUUGAGCCUAGAGCAUUACAACAUAGACGCAGAAGAAGAUGACUAUGACCAAAAACCAGGAGAGGAAGGCAUAAAGCUCGACCUUAUGCUAGCAGAAUAUGAUUAUAGUCAACCACAGAUCAAUCAAGAACUCAAUCUCAUCGACAACUUAGACGCGAGUGUAGCCACUCCGAGUCAUAAAGGGUCAACUUCCACUGAGCAGAAGCUCUUCUCAUGCAACUACUGUCAAAGAACGUUCUACAGCUCACAAGCCCUUGGUGGUCACCAAAACGCCCACAAAAGAGAGAGGACUUUGGCUAAGCGAGGGAAACAGAUGGAAGCUUUUGGCCAUCCCUAUGGCUAUGCUCCUGUUCCGUUCCAUGGACAGUACAGCAACAGAUCAUUGGGUAUUCAGGCUCACUCAAUGAGUCACAAGCUAAGUUCAUACAACGCCUUUGGUGCUGGUGAGUAUGGUCAGUUCAGCUGGUCAAGGACACCACUUGUUCAGCAACCAGCCAUAGGUAGACUAUCUUCAACAAUAGAGAACCGUCAUCAGAUGAUGUUUCCUCCACCGUUGACUUCAACAUGUGAGAACUUCGGUAGGUUCGGUGCUGGAACAAUUCCAGUAGAUUCUGAAGAAGAGCAGCAGAAGAACCUUGACUUGUCCCUCAAACUCUGAGAUUCUUCUUGUCUCUUCAAUUGUUUUUUCUUUGUGCUGGUUUUUUGUUGUCAUUGAUAUGUUCACCAGUAUUACUCAAGUGUUAGUACUUAUUAUUGUGAGUAUAUUUUGUCUAGCAUAGAUUUAUGUUGUACAUGUUUCCAUAUUUCUACAAGUUUUCAGCUAGACAUCAAUGGAUUUCUUUUACUAUA